AUGGCGAUUAGGGUUACCUUCACGUACUCUAGCUAUGUUGCUAGAAACAUUGCUGCAUCCGCCGGGACUCGCGUCGGUACCGGAGACGUCCGAUCAUGUUUCGAAUGCUGGAUCCGUCCCAGAUUCCUCAGCCCUAGUCAGAAACCCGAUAUGGAUAAAUCUUCCGGAUCCAACAAUUGGGUCUCCGGCUCAACCCCUCGUUUCCGACCAGCUUCAAUGUACAGUACCAUCGCGAGGGAAAUCCUCGAAGAAGGAAGCAAGAGUCCGCUUGUGUUGGGUAUGAUCUCAAUCAUGCAAUUGACAGGAGCUUCAGAGUUUUCGGGUAUGAACAUGCUUGGGAUUUCGCCAUUUAAGACUUCUUCUGUAAUCCCGUUUUUCAAGGGUUCGAGGUGGAUGCCGUGUAGCAUUCCGGCGACAUUAUCGACGGAGAUUGCUGAGGUUGAUAGGUUAGGAACGGUGUGUGAUUCAAAAGCGAGGUUGACUAAGUUAAGUGGUGGUAAAGGCUCGAAUGUUGGAAACGGAUGGGUUAAUAAGCUUUUGAAUAUUUGCUCGGAGGAUGCUAAGGCAGCUUUCACGGCGGUGACUGUUUCUAUCCUUUUCCGAUCGGCUUUGGCUGAGCCUAAAUCUAUACCUUCAACAUCUAUGUACCCUACUCUCGAUGUGGGUGAUCGUGUUAUGGCUGAGAAGGUCUCAUACUUUUUCAGAAAGCCAGAGGUUUCAGAUAUAGUUAUCUUCAAGGCUCCUCCUGUUUUGGUGGAACAUGGUUACAACUGUACUGAUGUUUUCAUAAAAAGGAUAGUUGCAAGCGAAGGUGACUGGGUCGAAGUUCAUGAUGGAAAGCUCUUAGUGAAUGGCAGUGUUCAAGUAGAGAAUUUUCUCUUAGAGCCGAUCGACUAUGAGAUGGAACCGAUGUUCGUUCCUGAAGGUUAUGUGUUUGUUCUAGGGGACAACCGUAACAAAAGCUUUGACUCUCAUAACUGGGGUCCACUUCCAAUGAAGAACGUCAUUGGGAGAUCCGUGUUUCGGUAUUGGCCACCGAGCAAAGUUUCAGACACGAUAUACCAUGACCAGGUUAUCCAAAAGAGAGAUGUUGGUGUUUCAUGA